AAAAAAAUUGUAUUAGGUAAUAAAAUGGAAAGUAUAAUUGUACAUUGUAACAACUUAAAAUAGUUUAGUUUUUUCCACAUUAUAAUUUUGUUAAAGGUUAUGAUGUCAAGUAACGAAGACUAUAUUACACUGGAUGAAAUAAACAAUGCACUGGAGUUGCUGGACAGAGAUGAAAUUGCUUCAAGGAAACGUCUGGCAACGUUUACCAAUCAAUGGCCUACUGUUAUUAAGGAGGUUGACUCUGUUACUAAGAAAUUUAGUACUUUAACGUCAAUUAAAGAAAACUUAUCUCAAAUUCAAACUAGAAUUCACGAUUCUUCUAAACUCGCCGAGGACAUAUCGUCCAAAGUACGGCAGUUGGACAAAAUACGCGGACGUGUAUCAGAAUGCCAAAAACGAGUUCAAGACUUAUUAGACCUACAGCUGUGUAGCGAAGGUGUUCAGAUUGCAAUGAAAAACGAUGAAUUAGAACAAGCCGCCGGACAUAUACAUCGCUAUCUGUCUAUCGACCAAACAAAAUUGCAACGCACAGCAGACGAUAUGGCUCAAGAUUGUUCAAUGAUCACAAGUGCUCUUAAACACUUGCAGGAAGCUUCAGAGCUCCUUCAGGACACAGUGUCUAAAAGGUUCGAGCACGCGUCUUUGGUCCAAGACUCGAAGUCUAUAGAAAGGUAUUUUAAAAUAUUCCCAUUACUCGGAAUGCACGAAGUGGGUUUGGAAAAGUUUGUCGAUUACUUGGGGCGGUUAUUAAAAGUGUCGGCGGACAAAAAUUUAAAAAAUGUCAUGGAAACGCCAUUAUCGAGCAACCGUGCCAGUGUAAUUUUCGCCGACGGGUUGACGUUUAUUUUCGAGGAAGUGGCCAAGACGAUCGAGGUUCAACAGCCGUUGAUCGAGACACAUUACGGUCCUGAGUAUGUGUUGAAGUUCUUAUCGCAUUUGCAAAUUCACUGCGACACGUUCGGUGACAUCCUGCUGCGAACAUUCCUCAAGACGCGCAAGAUCAGAGAACUCUUGAAGACCGUGUGGGAAGAAUCGGACGCGAACGCUGCGGCGCGGCCUGACUCCAAGGACAUCGAUCUGCUGGUGGAGGAGAUCGUGAUGAUCCUGGCACGGUACGAUCUGUACGCACAGUUCGUGUGCAAACGGACAGUGAACGCAGACGGCGUUGAACCGAAAACACGGACAGCUAAAACUGUUCUGGACAACAGCCGGUUGUGCUGUUGCAUACAGGAGAUGAUGGGCAAGUACCUGGAGCUAGAGAGGUACUACAUGGAGGAGAGCAUCAGGAAGGCGGUGUUGAUGGACACGAUCGAGGGGGACGGGGACGCCGCGCUCACAUCGAGCAUGGUGGACGACGUGUUCUUCAUCGUGCGCAAGUGCGUGAUGCGCUCGCUGCGGUCGGGUAGCCUGGACGUGCUGUGCGCGGUCAUCAACAACGCAGUCAACGCCCUGGAAGCGGACAUGUGCGCGGUGUUAACGCAGGUGCUGAGCGCCGGUUACCCGGGGUCCGGUUACUUCAACCGGUUCACGCCCGACCUGGACAAGGUGCGGCGGACGUUCCUAGCGGCAUUGAACAGCACCGAGGUGGCGGUCGAGUACUCCAAGUCGCUGUCACAAGCGUUCCGGGACGAAGUGCCGGCCAGGCUGCGCGGCUGUCACGCGGAGAAGCUUGACAGCUGCUUGCACGACUUCAGCCGGGUGAACGCGUCGCUGGUGGCCGCCAACCGGUCCGGGUUUAGGCAGCUGCAGAGUUCGCUAAUCGAGCCCAAGGCUCUGGCGUGGACGGAACCGUUCUACGAGCAGCAUUUCACGCUUGACGAAACGGAAUUCGCACAGACUGUGGCCGACAACCCGUUUGUGGUGGCACUGGUACGGAACAUCGACGGUACACUGGCCGAGUUCCGCGCCCGGCUGACGCCCAACAAUUACGACAUGCUAGUGGUGGCCGUCGCCGCGGAGACGGCCACGCAACUGGAGCGGGCUGUGAUGAAGACUGAAUUCAACCGGCUGGGUGGCAUGGCACUGGACAAGGUGGUCCGGACGCUCAUAAACUACUUCAGCGGGGCUAGCGCGUGGCCUGUCCGCGAGAAAUUCGCCCGGCUGGUGCAGGUCACCACAGUGCUCAACCUGGAACGGGCGUCCGACCUCAAUGAGUUUUCCAACCCAGACAGUGGCAUGCGGUUCUCGUGGAAGCUGACGCCCGACUGCAUACGACAGAUACUCAGGCUCCGGGUCGACUUCCGGGAAGAUGACAUACGCAAAGUCCAGCUGUAAGAUCGCACAGCCCGCCGGACCGAUGUGACUCGCGAGCGAAUCCAUCAGUGCUGCAAGAUUUCCGCUGUGGUUUCAUAAUGAUGUAUUUUUGACAGACUCGUGUUUUUUUUUAUGCCAGUGAGUUAUUAAAAUUAAAAAGUCAUAUACCUACCUACCUACGUUAUAUCAUCCGAUCACCCAAAUAUUAUAUUCUGCAGUUAUGUUUGUAUUGGUUAGAUAAUAUACUCUAUUAUUAAUUAUUAUUAAAUUGUCUGUCGGCCCUGUAACGCCGAUUGGGAUUUUUUUUAUCUUUAAUUUGUAUAGUUGGUCAAUACCUAGGUAUAGGUAGGUACGUAUAUAAAAAAACACCAUCGUAUUAUUAUUGUAUAAAAUACUUAAAUAACCCUGUUUUAUUUCAAGCGUACUUUUACUGCUAUUGGACUUAAAAUAAGCACUAUUUAUACCUACUUAUUUUAUGUUGCAUGUAUUUCAAAUCUACAUUAUACUUAUAUAAUUACCUAGUAAA